AUGGCCGACGUCCCCGCCGUGUGUAACAUUAAGGUGCUGUGUCGCUUUCGUCCCCUGAACCAGUCUGAGAUUGUACGUGGGGACCAGUUCAUCCCGAAAUUCCAGGGAGAUGACACCGUCCUGGUCGGGGGGAGGUCCUACGUGUUUGAUAGAGUGUUUCCGACCAACACCACCCAGGAGCAGGUGUACAACACCUGUGCCAAGCAGAUUGUCAAGGACGUUCUGGGUGGAUACAAUGGCACUAUCUUCGCAUAUGGACAGACCUCCUCCGGGAAGACUCACACCAUGGAGGGCAAGCUGCACGACCCUCACCAGAUGGGUAUCAUUCCUCGCAUCGCUGAGGACAUUUUCAACCACAUCUUUGCCAUGGAUGAAAACCUGGAGUUCCACAUUAAGGUUUCAUACUUUGAAAUCUACAUGGACAAAAUCCGUGACCUUCUGGAUGUGACAAAGACCAACCUGUCUGUCCAUGAGGAUAAGAAUAAGGUGCCAUAUGUCAAGGGUUGCACUGAGCGUUUUGUCUCCAGCCCUGAUGAGGUGAUGGAUGUGAUCGACGAGGGCAAAGCUGCCCGCCAUGUUGCUGUGACCAACAUGAACGAGCACAGUUCUCGAAGCCACAGCAUCUUCCUGAUCAACAUCAAGCAGGAGCAUGUGGAGACUGAGCAAAAACUGUGUGGAAAACUGUACCUGGUGGAUCUGGCUGGCAGUGAGAAGGUCAGUAAGACUGGAGCUGCAGGCGCCGUCCUGGAUGAGGCUAAAAACAUCAACAAGUCUCUUUCUGCUCUGGGAAAUGUCAUCUCUGCGUUGGCUGAGGGCACGAAAACUCACGUGCCGUACCGCGACAGCAAAAUGACCCGCAUCCUGCAGGACUCCCUCGGUGGGAACUGUCGCACCACCAUGUUCAUCUGCUGCUCUCCCUCCAGCUACAACGACGCUGAGACCAAGUCCACUCUGAUGUUUGGACAACGUGCCAAGACCAUCAGGAACACCGCCUCCAUCAACCUGGAGCUGACGGCGGAGCAGUGGAAGAGGAAGUACGAGAAAGAGAAGGAGAAGAACAAAACUCUGAAGGACACCAUCCAGAAGCUGGAGCUUGAGCUCAACCGCUGGAGAAACGGAGAGGACGUACCUGAGACGGAGCAGACGGAGCCAGACAUUGUGACCCAUUUCGAGACAGUGGAGGAGCGUCCCGUUCUGGACAACGACACCUCCUCCAUCGUGGUCCGCAUUUCCGAGGAGGAGCGGCAGAAGUAUGAGGAGGAGAUCCGCAAGCUGUACAAGCAGCUGGAUGACAAGGAUGAUGACAUCAACCUGCAGUGCCAGUUGGUGGAGAAACUGAAGCAGCAGAUGAUGGACCAGGAUGAGCUCCUGGCCUCAUCCAAGGGCGAUGGGGACAAGGUCCAGGCUGAACUUGGCAGGCUUCAGGUGGAGAGUGACUGCGCCAAGGCUGAGGUGAAGGAGGUUCUGCAAGCUCUUGAGGAGCUGGCCAUCAACUACGACCAGAAGAGCCAGGAGGUGGAGGAGAAAGGCCUGCAGAACCAGCUGCUGGCGGACCAACUGUCCCAGAAAAUGGCCAGUCUGAUGGAGCUGGAGGCGGAGCUGUCUCGUAUGCAGGAAGUGAGCGGGCAGCAGAGGAAACGCAUCGCUGACGUCCUCAAUGGUCUGAUGAGGGACCUCAGCGAGUUCAGCACCAUUGUGGGCAACGGGGAGAUCAAGCUGCCGGUGGAGAUCAGCGGUGCGAUCGAGGAGGAGUUCACGGUGGCUCGCCUCUACAUCAGCAAGAUCAAGUCGGAGGUGAAGAGCAUGGUGAAGCGCUGCCGCCAGCUGGAGAAUAUGCAGCUGGAGUGCCACCGCAAGAUGGAGGAGACCGGGAGGGAGCUCUCCUCCUGCCAGCUCCUCAUCUCCCAGCAUGAAGCUAAGAUCCGCUCUCUGACGGAGUACAUGCAGAGCGUGGAGCAGAAGAAGAGGCUGCUGGAGGAGAGCCACGACUCCCUGAGCGAGGAGCUGGCCAAGCUGCAAGACCAGGAUAACUCCCUGCUGGAGGAGAAGGAUGGAGAGAAGGGGGAGAUUGAGGAUGGAAAUGUGAAGAAGGUUCCUCGUCAGCAGGGGGAGACUCACCGCGGCCUCCAUCACAAGCAGCUGGCCCGCCUCCGGGAUGAGAUCAAUGAGAAGCAGAGGAUCAUUGACGAGCUCACUGAUCGUAACUCCAAGCUGGAGAUCGAGCUCGCUCAGGUUCGUGCUGACUUUGAGCGCCUGAAGAGUCAGGACACCAGCAAGAGUGAGCGUCUGGAGGAGCUCUCAUUCCUGCAUGAGCGCCAUGAGCAGACCAAACAGGACUUGAAGGGUCUGGAGGAGACCGUCGCCCGCGAACUCCAGACCCUCCACAACCUGCGCAAGCUGUUCGUUCAAGACCUCACGUCGCGGGUUAAAAAAAGUUCCGAAAUGGAGCCUGAUGAUAGCGGGGGGUCUUGCACCCAGAAGCAGAAGAUUUCCUUUCUUGAGAAUAACCUGGACCAACUUACAAAGGUUCACAAACAGCUGGUACGUGACAAUGCAGAUCUGCGCUGUGAGCUUCCAAAGUUGGAGAAACGUCUUCGGUCUACUGCUGAGAGAGUUAAGGCCCUGGAGACUGCACUGAGGGAUGCCAAGGAGGGCGCCAUGAUGGACCGCCGCCGCUACCAGCAGGAGGUCGACCGCAUCAAGGAUGCCAUGAGGGCCAAGAGCGCCCUGAGACGCCCCCAUGCAGCACAGAUCGCCAAGCCAGUGAGACCGAAGCAGCUGCCCACCUGCUCCCCCACAAACCCGUUCUACACUUACAUCCGUGCCACUGAACACGCCAACACCUACAGCAACGCCCUCUUCCAGGGCAACGGGACACAGCCGAGUGCCGCCAGCGUCAACUGCAGCCCCAACUCUGUCCAGAGCAACACAGUGUCCACAGCGCUGGGCUACAGAGCAGGCAGAUACACUGGAGACAUACUGGAGUCCUUCCCACUCAACAUUGACAACGGUAACAACAUCAGUGAAAGGAGAGACAUCAAUGACAACAGAAGUGAUGUUCACUGUGGCGGCGAGGUGGAUGAUUCAAACAGACAUUUCGUCAUUCAGCAGGAGACCGCUGCAAGUUAAUACCAUGGAGAUGACCAAACACUGUUCCCGUCCAAGGACCCUCCCCUCCCAUCUGCAUGCAGCCUGUCUCCCCGU